CUCCCUUUUCCAAGUUUAAGUACCAAAAAUCCUUCAUCUUGAAGUAACUUCCUUUCUCUAUUAGUAAUCAGUAAAGAGAUUGUUUGAAAUUAUUCAAUGCUAAUUGAAAUGAAUAAUUUAGUUGAUUGCUUAUAAAUUUAUUAAUAACCUGAUGAAAAAUAUGUUUAUAAACUGGCAAUUUAAAAUGUAUAUUGUUUAUUAUUAAAUAAGUUCUAAACUAUAGGUUCAAAAACAAGUAAAUGUAUUCUAUUUUCUUAUUCUCUGUUUUAGGAAUGCAAAUAUGGCUGGUGCCAAUUCUACUGGUCACGAAUUUCCUCCUUACAGACUCAUUCAAAUCUGGUGCUCCUGUUUCAAAAUGUUCAACUAUGAUACCUCACCAUAUAGAUAUUGCUCCACAGACUACUUCAUCUUCAUUCUUACUAGAUGCUAAUCCAAUAAACGUAGAAAAUGGGCUAUGUAAAGUAAAACUUCACAGCACUAACAGAGAUAAUUUUGCUGGGUUUUUAAUUCAAGCAAGAGUCUCAAGCGAUAACAAUACAGUUGGUAGUUUUGUCAAAUUUCCUGAUGAUGCUAAAGCAAUAAAUUGUCUAGAAAUAGCGAAUUCUGGAUUAACUCAUGCAAGUAAUGUGAAGAGAGAUGUACUUGAAGCUAACUGGAUUGCCCCUGAAAAUUUUGAAGGAGAGGUUCACUUCAUUGGAACAGUUGUAGCUAAUUUCACUACAUUCUGGACUGGAAUUAUAUCCCAAAACCUUCCUAUUUCAAAAAGGUCAACUUCGGAAAAAACAUUUUCAGCUGCAUCUAAACUCAAGGACUUCCUUAAUGGCUGUGGAACUAAUAAAAAAUGCAUAGGACAUCCAGCUGAUUGUAUUACCAGUGAAAAAUGUGAUGCUUUAGUUGCGAUCUCAUAUGAAGGAGAUCAGUAUAUAUUUGAAAUGUAUGGCAAAGACAGCCACUAUGUAGCUAUUGGUUUUUCUGAAGAUAACAAAAUGGGAGGAGAUAUGGUUAUAGAAUGCAUUAAUCAGAAUAGUAAUGAAGUAAAAGCAUACAAGUCCUGGAAUAUACCUAAUCAGAAGCAAAAUAAACGUGUUGAAGAACAAGUAGGAAUAUCACUGAUUCAUGGAAAAUACACAGAUGGUGACAUUGAUUGUAAAGUUUCAGCAGAAGUAAUAUCUGAAGUAGAAAAUGUUAAAUUUGAUUUUGAAAAGAACCCCUACUAUCUGUUACUAGCAGCUGGAAAAAGUUUAAAAGAAAAUAGUGUUGGUUUUCAUGAUGUUGCAUACGAUGUGACUAAUAACAAACAGCUACUUUCAGACCUUAGUCUUAAAAAAAAUAAUGACAUCAUCUAUGAUGGUUGUGAAACAGAAAAAAAUUGUUUUGGGUACCCAGACAAUUGUAUAAUCAAUCAAAACUGUGAAGGUCUUGUGACAGUCAGUGUUCAAGGGACACGUUAUAUUUUUGAAAUGAAAGGGAAGAGUGAUGGCUAUAUUGCAACUGGUCUCUCUAGAGAUAAUAAAAUGGGUGGAGACAGUGUUAUGGAAUGUGUUCAUGAACCUGGAGACAAAAUAAAUGUGUAUAUGUCUUAUAACAAAGCUGGUGAAAAAUCUAACACUAGAAGGAAAAUAAUUCAAACUGGUAUAAAUAUGUUGAAUUCAACAUUUAUUGAUGGUACAAUUUACUGUAAAUUUUCACGUGAUGUUAACACAGUAAUUGAAAAUGAAAUAUUUGACCUUUCUAAUGAUAAAUAUUUUAUUUUAUUAGCUGCAGGAAGCUCUAUAAAAGAUGGUGCUAUUGGUUUUCAUGAUAAUUUUUAUGUAGUCAGUGGCCAACAAAGGUUAUUAUCAGAUAUUGCAGCAUUUUCAACCUCAUCAAAGCUUCUUUUACGCCUACACGGCUCUUUUAUGGUAGCUGCUUGGCUUGGUUGUACAAGUAUUGGUAUUGUUUUGGCACGUUACUUUAAACAAACAUGGGUUGAUAGCUCACUCUGUGCCAAGGAUCUUUGGUUUGCUUGGCAUAGGAUGUUUAUGCUAGUUACAUGGUGUUUAACAUUAGCUGGAUUUGUGAUUAUUUUUGUUGAACUUGGAGGUUGGGUAGGUCCAAAUAGCCAAUCUCAUGCUUUAAUGGGAUGUAUUACAACAGUUUUGUGUUUUAUCCAACCAAUUGGAGCAGCUUUUAGACCACAUCCAACUGCAAGGAAAAGGCCUGUAUUUAACUGGUUACAUUGGUUUAUUGGUAACACAGCACACAUUUGUUCUAUUAUAACAAUAUUUUUAGCAGUACCUUUAAAUAAAGCUGAAUUGCCAGACUGGGUUGAUUGGCUGCUUGUAGUUUUUGUUGCAGCAUAUGUAUUUAUCCAUUUAGUACUUUCAUGUGCUGGAUGCCUCACUGAAAGAAAAUUGGGAAAAAGGGUUAAUUCAUUUCCAAUGAAAGACAUUACAGCAAGCAGAAAUGCUCUAAAUGCUGUUGAUAGGAAACAGGAUGCUCCACUCUCUAGUCUUAGGAAGCUGAUGCUUUUUGUUCACAUUGUUGUAAUGACUGCAAUAACUGGAUCUGUCAUCAUAGUGAUAGCGCUGGCUCCUGUAGAAGUUCAAUGGAAUAGUUUGAAGAAUAAAUUUAUGCCUACAUAAAAUAAUAAGGUCAACUGUGAUAUAUAUAUAUUUCUGUAUAUUACUUUAUUACCAACCAUUUGUUGUGAGUUUAAAGUGAAUUGUUAUUUGUGAUGUUCAAGCAUCUUGAAGCUAAAAAUGUGACUAUUUCAAACAAAAGCAAAACUUGUCUAGCUAAUGCUUCGAAUUAUACCUUAUAUUUUUGUUAAUAAUUUUUCUCCAAUCUGAUUUUUUUUUUGUUUCAUUGCUUUUAAAAAAAAAGUAGAACAGUCCUUAACUAUUUUUUUUAUUUAUAUUUUUUUCAGAAUAUUUAAUUUUUUUAGUGUAUACAAAUAAAUAAAACUAUAUAAAAUUAAAUUCUUUGGUUCAGAUAAUUGAUAGCAAAAAGUCUAAAUAUUAAGAUAAUUAAUAUUUAAAUACUGUAAAUCAUUUUGUGUGUAAACAUAUUGAUAUUGCAAAAACUUUAUUUAAAAAAAUCAAUAUAAACCUAAAAAAUUAAUUAGAACUAAUUUUACAACUACACAGCUAAUUAUAAAAAAUAUACAAAACAAUUUUAAAUUCUGCUAUUCUCAUGAAGCAAUAAUUAAAAAAUAAAUUAGAUUAUGUUUUUAUUUAUUUAUGGAUUUUAAAUAUGGUGAUAAUUUAGAAUAAAAAAAUAUUAAAGUAAAAGAUAUCAAAUAUGGGGGUGAAUUAAAAAAAAACAAGCUCUGUACACAAAAUUUCAAUUUUAAGAUUUUUAUAUUUGAAUAGGUAAAAAACAAUGGCAGUAAUCAUAAGAGGUACCAAAAAAGUCUUUCAACCUAUUGUAAUAUUUUACACAUUAUUAUCUAUUUUUCUGAUAUUCCAGACCAUCUUCUGCUCUAAAAUAAUUGCAUGAGUUA